AUGAGCCACGGACUCGAUAACCUCACCGGCCCCGCCACCGAGGGUAUCGGUCUGCGCUUUCUAAAUGAAGAAUGGAACGAUAGCAUCUCAAACGACCACCCAUUCACCAUUCAAUGGAACGAGUCGCUGGAUGGGACUCAGCCAGAGCUUGGGCUGUUCAAAAUUACAUAUCCCAAAGAUGGCGUUAUCGCAUACGAGCUGGUAUCGAAUCUCACAGGCAGCAUGAACAAUGAAAAUGCAACAUGCUUGUGGACACCAAGCCACUUGGAUGAUGAAUUAUAUACUCUAUGGCUCUCAUCCUCUCGAGAUGCUCGCGCAAAUUGGACGACGUCUCCGCCUUGGAGACUAAAAGAAACUCCUCGACAUUCACCUCAUUGGGCCGCACCUAUCGUUAUUCCCAUUAUUGUGUUGCUCGCAGUAUACACAUUAGGACUCACCACCUGUAUCGUAUAUCGACGUCGCAGAAAGGCGAGACGUGAGAGAGAGAAAAGCAAGGGAAAAGAUCUUGAAAAGGACAAAUCAAGCCAGACGCAUCUCCUUGGGGACGCGGAGAGACAUCCCUCAGUCGAUACUGUCCUCACUAUACAAAGCUUUGAUGACCCAGAUGAAGCCAGGAAGCCGCACAUUUGGCUCCUGACACAGUCGGCCUCAGGAUCUCUUUUACUAUCAUCUCCGAGCAGGAAGAAUUCCGACGCAACAUUGGUCUCAACUACAACGCGAGCAUCCGAUCAAGUCCUCAUAUCCCCUAUCAGUUUAUCAGAGCAAAGCCUUCAAAGCCCCACAAGUAUAGGUUCUGACAGGACCCUCGUCACGCUAUCAGACCCGAGAGACCAAAGGGCCGUCAUCGCCAGUAAACUAGGGCGUUCCGUGAGAGUGAUUAUACCUUCUGACGAUGUACAAGAGUGA